CUUAUGCAGCAGUUUUCCCCACUUUCACAACACAACUCCAGAGCGUACUGACCGGAGAGAGAAAGGGGGGUGAGAAAUAUUGUUUGACGACUGCUUUCUCUCACAGUGGGUACGGAGACUCAUAGGCUCAUAGCCUGUCUGCUGUGGGAGCGUCAAUCCGUGGGUCAGUUUGCCCUUGAGCCCUCACCUCACAACUUUGCUGUCUGAUUGCUGCAGCAGAAGAGCAAUCGGGUUCAUGAUCUCAAGGGAGCUCCCAUUUUUUCCACACCUGGAUUAACCCAAGGCGACGUUUUCUUUUUCUUCCUCUUCUUCUUGCUUUCUCGUUAUUUUUUAUUUUUGCAACGGAGAAUCUCGGACAGAAUGUUGUGGAAACUAGCUGACAACGUCAAAUAUGAAGAAGAUUGCGAGGAAAGGCAUGACGGCAACAGCAAUGGGAACCCCCGGCUGCCUCACCUGCCAGCGGUCAGUCAGCACCUCUAUAGCCCGUCUCCUUCUCUCUCACACUCGGCUGGUUCAGACUUCCAGCCCCCGUACUUUCCACCUCCGUACCAGCCCAUCUCCUACCCCCAGUCCACCGACCCAUACUCCCAUCUCAGCGACCCGUUCAACAUUAACUCCAUACACCAGUCGCCUUCGUCGAACCAGCAGCAGCCGUCCUGGCCCGGCCGGCAAGGCCAGGACGGACUCGGGAGGAGCGGACUGGCGAGUCAAAUCUUGGGCCUCGAGGGAGGCUCGUCCGGGGUGAGAAGAGAGGGGUUCCGGCGGCCGGAGCUGCUGCCCCCGCACAGCCUGGACUCUUCAGUUAUUGGUGAUAAUAUGGGAAUUCAUGACAUGGGCCCUGGACUGGAAGACGUUCAGCAUGUAGAUGACCACAGUAUUAUUAUGCCAGAUCAGACAGUCAUCAAAAAAGUAUUAGGACUACGAGGUGGCAGGAACCUUGAUCGCAUACAGAGGACUUAUUAUCAGGGGGGCUUUCUUGCUGGCCCUGUCACACUACCGAAAGGCAACACGCUGGGCCUUCCCUUCCAGAAAGAGUCACUGCUGGGCAUGGUAUCAAACCCCACAGAGGUGUUCUGCUCCGUACCGGGCCGCCUUUCCUUGUUGAGCUCCACGUCCAAGUACAAAGUUACUGUGGCUGAAGUCCAGAGGCGUUUGUCACCCCCGGAGUGCCUGAACGCAUCACUCCUGGGAGGAGUUUUACGCAGAGCCAAGUCAAAAAAUGGAGGUCGUUCUCUGCGAGAGAAACUGGAUAAAAUUGGACUUAAUUUGCCUGCUGGAAGAAGGAAGGCGGCCAAUGUCACUCUACUUACCUCACUUGUAGAAGGUGAAGCUGUUCAUUUAGCAAGAGACUUUGGUUAUGUAUGCGAGACUGAGUUUCCUGCAAAGGCAAUAGCUGAAUAUUUGGGCAGGCCCCAUGUGGAGCGCAACGAGGUCAACUCUCGCAAGAACAUGCUCCUCGCUGCUAAGCAAAUCUGCAAAGAAUUUACUGACCUGCUCACACAGGACCGGUCACCGUUAGGAAACUCAAGGCCGGCGCCCAUCUUGGAGCCUGGAAUCCAGGGCUGCCUGACUCAUUUCAGCCUCAUCACUCAUGGAUUUGGUUCUCCAGCCAUCUGCGCUGCAAUGACCUCCCUCCAGAACUACCUAAAUGAGGCGCUCAAACAAGUGGACAAGAUGUACUUGAGUUCUGGCAGUGAAACCCAGGGAUCCUCGGAGAGCGGGAGCAAGUCCACUGACAAAAUGGACAAGCACAGGAAAUGAGAGCUCAAAAGAAGAAAACCUGAAUUUCACAAUCACAGAAUACACUCAUUCUUGCUGCCCUCUC